AUGCCGUCCGUCGUGAUCGUUGGAGCUUCUCGCGGCCUUGGGUUUGCCCUGGCUAAACUUUGGUCUGAGGACCCUUCCAACACCGUCAUUGCACUGGUCCGCAACAAGGUGGCAGCUGUUGACAGCUUCAAACAAAAUCUGGGGGACAGAAAAAACCUCGUUGCUGUCGCCGCUGAUUUGGAAGACUUUGAAUCUUUAAAGGCCGCCUCGGAAGAGACGUCUAGGCUUCUCAAUAACAAACUUGACUAUCUCAUUGUAAACGCUGCCGUCAGCGAUAGCAUCAUUGACGACAUUGGAAAUGCCGUCCUCAAUGACCGCGAACAAUUUGACAAAGACAUGCUCCAGACCUUUAGGACCAACGUCUUGGGAGUCGCUCAUGCUCUCGGCCUAUUUGCACCCCUUCUUCGCACUGGUACCGCUAAGAAGGGAGUCGUCAUUAGUAGCGGUGUUGGUGACCCUCACUGGACAGCUAAAUGGCGAACUUUUGGCCAUGCACCCUAUGGUAUAAGCAAGGCCGCUGUCAACCAGGUUGUGGCCAAGUUUCAUGCCCAAUACGCCUAUGACGGCGUCACGAUAUCGGCAAUCAGUCCCGGUAUUAUCAAGACGCAGUUCAACACUCCGCGACCCGAAGAUGCCAACUAUCAGCGCAUGCAGAAGACAUUUGGCCCCCCUAUCAGCGAAUCAGACCGGUUCAAGGGACCUUACACUGCCGAUGAAUCGGCUGCAAAGGUGACCGACGUGAUUCUAAAGCAACUAGAUCUUGAGAUGCAUGGGGGGAUAUUAAUUUCGGAGCACGCUGACCAACAGUGGGUAUGA